AUGUCCUCCUCGGGUGAGGCGCUCUUCAAGCAAGCCAUGGACAGCUUGAAGCGCAACCGUGUUGGCCUCAAGGGAAUCCUCUUCACCCCCAUCUCCCAGUCGGGUCACAUCUCAUGGAACGUGGCCAUGCGUCAGCAGCUCGACAUCUACGCCUCCGUCGUUCUUUGCAAGUCCCUCCCUGGCUUCCCCACCAGACACGCCAACGUCGACUUCGCCAUCAUCCGUGAGAAUACAGAGGGAGAGUACUCUGGUCUUGAGCACCAGUCGUACCCUGGCGUCGUCGAGUCCUUGAAGGUCUCCACGAGGGCCAAGGCUGAGCGCAUCUCGCGAUUCGCUUUCGACUUCGCCUUGAAAAACAACCGCAAGAAGGUUACAUGCGUUCAUAAGGCCAACAUCAUGAAGCUCGGUGAUGGUCUCUUCCUCAACACCUUCCGACGGGUCGCGGAGGAGUACAAGUCCUCAGGCAUCGAGUUCAAUGACAUGAUUGUCGACAACACCUCGAUGCAACUUGUUGCUCGACCAGGUCAAUUCGACGUCAUGGUCAUGCCCAACCUUUACGGUGCCAUCGUAUCGAACAUCGGCGCUGCCCUCGUCGGUGGUCCCGGUAUCGUUCCAGGAUGCAACGUUGGACGUGAAUACGCCCUCUUUGAGCCGGGCUGCCGCCACGUUGCCUCAGACAUCAUGGGCACCAACCGUGCCAACCCAACUGCCAUGAUCCUCAGCGCAACAAUGAUGCUCCGUCAUCUCGGCCUUGAUUCUAUUGCGAACAGCAUUGCCAGCGCCACCUUCGGUGUCAUCAACGAGGGCAAGGUUAGGACUGCUGACAUGGGUGGCUCGUCAACCACCUCGGACUUCACUGCUGCCAUCAUCAAGAAGCUCUAA